UUAGUGUCGUGGUCGCCGUGCUCGAUGACCGCUGCGAGGAACGCUGCUCAACUCUGCGUUCGCCCCGUGCUAUUACGUAAUCCUGAACAAUGUUGCCCAAUCGGGGAAUACUUCCGUACUUCAAUUUUAUGCUUGCCUUCCUCCCCUCACUCGCUAGUUUCAUAGGUCUUCACGAUGCCUCCUAAAUCAAUAUUCAGACAGCCAGGAGCAAAACACUUCCAACUUGUGCACCGAUCGCAGAGGGACCCUCUCAUCCACGAUCUCGAGGCCAGUAAACAUGUGUUGAAGGAAUUCGAGCGAGGCAACGCGAAGAAGGGCAAAUCAAGGGCUGACCUUGAGAGCUCAAUCUCUCCUGCAGAGCUCGCAGUCCGCCCUAACGUAGGCGAAGCAGCUGGCUAUGGCAUUUACUACGAUGAUACAGAAUACGAUUACCUGCAACAUCUUAAACCUGUUGGCGCACAGGAAGAUGGUGUUGAAAGCAUGCUUAUUGAGGCCCCGACAAAGUCAAAAGGCAAAGGAAAGGCGAAAGACCCAGUCACUCUGAUCGACCUCCCUGCAGAAGCUUUGCCCUCGACCUCGGAGGUACCUAGAAAUUAUGAGUCGCAAGAAGCUGUCCCUUCAUCAAUAGCUGGCUUUCAGCCUGACAUGGAUCCUCAUCUGCGUCAAGCUCUGGAAGCAUUGGAGGACGAUGCGUUUGUGGAUGAUGACCUUGAGGACGAUUUCUUUGGUGAACUCGUGGCCAACGGAGAACGUGGAGCUGACGAGCCGCUUGAGUUCGAGUUUCAAGAAGAAGGAAUAUCAAAGGAUGCCGCAGAAGUUAGAGCAUUACCAUCAGAAGACUCGGAUGAGGAGGCAAAUUGGGAAGCCAGGUUCGCGAAAUUCAAGAAGGCGCAAAAACAAGCGGGUCCUCCUACUGACGGCUCGGAUUUGGACCUUUACUCCGAGGGUGGGGACACCAUCGGAGACCUACCACAGGUGUCUGUCAUUGGUGGUAAGACAAGGCGGAAAGGUGCUUCGGACGCUUCAGGUUACAGCAUGAGCAGUUCGUCGAUGUUCAGAAACGAAGGUCUGACUUUGAUCGACGAACGAUUUGAGCAGAUUCAAAAAGAAUACGAUUCAGACGAGGACGGAGACGAAAGGGACGAAGGUCUCUCGGACAUGGCCUCUGCACCAGAACUUAUAACCUCUCGAGAAGACUUCGACGCGAUGAUGAACGAGUUCCUCGACAAUUACGAAAUCCUCGGAGGCAAGAUGCGUCCUGUCCUGGCCGGCGACACUGCAGCAGAGAAAUUGGAUACGGUUCGCAAAGCACUCGGUGAAGUGAAGAUUUAUCAAGAGGAGAGUGAUGAAGAGGAUGACGAUAACAUUCUGAUGCCGCUGGAUGUGGAUGACAAGAAGGACAGGUGGGACUGCGAAACCAUUUUGACGACAUAUAGCAAUCUGGAAAAUCAUCCACGAUUGAUUCGUGCUCGCGAAGAGAGAGCAGUACCAAAGAUUCGAUUGGAUCGCAAGACAGGCCUUCCUUUCGUCGAGGAUGAGCCUAUUCACCGGAGAUCCAUGCAGAAGAAGCCAGUCAUCUCGGACGAUGAGGAUGAAGAUUCAUCAUCACCAUGCACGACAAUCACUCGACCGAAGAACGAAGCAAAAGAGGAAAAGAAAAUGCGCAAACAGGCAGUCAAAGCCGAUCGCCAACUCCGACGAGCAGACAAGAAAGCUACGAAGGAGCAAUUCUCUUCCGAAGUGAAGAACCAGAUCAGAACGCUCUCUAGCAAGGAGAAGAAUAAGCUGCGAAAACUCUAGACGUUAAAGAGAUAGCAAUAUCGGUCUGUUACAUUAGAGACUGUCUAGACUAUUGUUACAUCCAGAGGACUGUUGUACAGGUGGUAUCAUUAGGUGCUUGGGGUAUCUCCAAGCAUGGGAGGCAAUAUAGUACAACUGCACAGAAAGUGUUCGAUGAUGAGUGAUCCAAGGUGCCAAAAAAUAAUUGCGAGCGAGUGCGAAUAACCAUCUAUGAAAGAAAUCACUGGGGAGAAAAGGAUGCACGGGGUUACCAGUCGGGCCAGAGGUCGAGUAAAACAUUGCCCUCUUC